GUUACUUUGCAGCAAUUCUGCUUCUUGCACAUCAGGAUUGAGGUGAAUUGUUGUUUCGCUGUAUCUUUCCAAGAUGGCAUCUAUAAAUCCGCCACCCACCUCGGGCGACGAGCUAGACGAUAUUUUGAGCGGAAUAACAGCAGAAGGAGGUCAUGUCCAGUCGCAGACCAAGCCUGCGACCAGCAAGACCACCACCAACAAUAACACAGAUGGAGACCUCGGCAUCGACGAGGAGAUAGUGGUCACGAAGAAGCGCAUAUCAAUACCGAAGCUUGACGAUGUAAGGCUACGCUCAGAGCCAGGCAUCCCACGUCUGAGAAAGAUCUCGAAAGAAAGGCUGCGCUUCAAGGGGAAGGGACACGAGUAUGGAGAUAUCGCCCGUAUGCUGAAUAUGUACCAGCUGUGGCUCGACGACCUUUACCCCCGCGCCAAAUUCGCAGACGCCCUAGCAAUCAUCGAAAAGGUCGGACACACAAAACGAAUGCAAGUGGAUCGAAAGGCUUGGAUAGACGAAGGGAGUCCGAGGCACACUACGGAACAAGACGACGACCUGGAUGCACAUGUUCCAGAUGAAGCACCUGCGCAGAGCCAAGAAGCAACCAUAGAAGGAUUUGAAUCAGGUGGAAAUGCUGCAGGAACGCAAGCUGGUUCGGAAGCACCCAAUCAGGCCCACGAUCAAUCGCACGCUGCAACUGAAGAGCCAGAUGAGGACGAACUGGAUGCUCUCUUAGCGGAGAGUGCUGAACCAGAUGUUUCGAGACCAAAGGCGCUGCCUUCGCGGUCAGCGUCGGCUCGGGACGAUCCCUUCGCGGACGAGAUGGAGGCUAUGGAAGGAAUGGAGGAUAUGUGGUGAUCAUGCCCUCCAGCAGGUCUUGUACGCGAGAGGCUGAGAUACGGGCUUGAUGAUUGUUAUUUUGCAAAGCGUGGCGUUUGGAAACCGUGAUAUCCAGUGUUCGUAUUAAGAGCAUUGAAAUACAAUGGAACGAUGAUCAUGCAGGAACAAUCCGUGCCUGCACUGUUGUU